UUUCACAAUACGGAGGCGGUGUUUCCCACAGGCCAGAGGUCAGAAUAAAACAAGUUUGGGACAAAAUGUAUUUUUAAAACAAAUUCUACAAAAGAAAAAUCGUCAGGGGCUCUCUGGUGUUCUUCUUUACUCGCAUGGAGAUAGAAGACAGGAAAUAUCAUCAGAAGAAAAUAACUAAGAUGUCUUUUGGAGGACAUCAUUUUCAAGUAGCAAUAAAAUCUUUGUCACUGCAGCCAAGAGGUCAACAAUAAAAAACAAGAUGGAAGAAUUUCUCAGGAGUAUCAUAGAGGGGUCAGUUGACCAUCUGACCACUGUCCAUGUGGUUUUAGGCAAUGAAGCAUGUGAUCUGGACUCCACUGUAGCUGCUCUGUGCUAUGCUUUCUAUCUAUCUAAGGUUUCUGCUGGAAAAGGAAUUAUUCAUAUUCCAGUGCUCAACAUUCCAAAGGAUGACUUCAAAUUGCGUUCAGAAAUCAUAUAUUUUCUGAAGGAAAAUGGGCUGUCACAAGAUAUUCUGACCUUCAGAGAUGACCUUGACCUCAAGAGCUUACUUGACCUGGGCAAGCUUAAGCUUACUUUAGUGGAUCACAAUGUUUUACCCAAUAAAGAUGUUGGUUUGGAGAGUGCUGUUUCUGAAGUCAUAGAUCAUCGCAAGAGAGAAAGAGAAGAGAGUAAUGGUUGUGAUGUUCUGAUAGAGCCAGUGGGUUCUUGCUGUACAUUGAUUGCAGAAAAGUUGUUGAGCGAUCAAAACUUUGUUACAGAUAAACUAGUCGGGAAACUACUACUGGGUACUAUUUUGCUGGAUACUGUCUGUCUCUCUGAGGAAGCUGGGAGAAAAACAGUAAAAGAUGAGGAAAUUGUGAAGAGAUUGGAAAGUCUGCUAGGAGGCGAAGCAAAUAGAGAGCAUCUGUAUGAUAGCUUACAGAAAGCCAAGUUUGAUUGCUCAGCAUUAAGUACAAAAGAUCUGUUGAAGAAAGAUCUGAAAGUCAUCACAUCAGAUAAAGCAACUGUUGCAUUCAGUUCUUUGCCAAAACAUAUUGAGAGUUUCCUAAGUGCUGAAGAUAUUGAAAGGGAAGUAGAACAGUUUGCUGUAGAGCAGAAGGCAGAUGCCAUUGUUUUACUUUCAUUACAAGUAUCAGAGGAAGCCAAAAGGCCAGAGAGGCAGGUUGCUGUGUGGUCAAGGAAGAAAGAGUUACAAGAAGAGAUUGUCCAAGAACUCUUGUCUUCAAAAGACCCUGACUUGUGUUUAAAACCCAUACCAUCUGUCCAUCAUAGCAUCACUGCAUUUUAUCAAGGAGACAUCACUGCUUCAAGGAAGAAGAUAUUACCAUUGGUAAAGGGAUAUCUGGAGAGGAAACCAAAUGAGGCUGUAGAAGGAAAUGACAGCAGUGUCAAGGACAGCGAAUCAAUUGACGCAUCUGACACUAGAAAGGAUGACAAAAGUGACAACAGGUUAUCAGACAGUGAGUUGUAUUCUACAUUUGAGACCUCUGAAAACAGUCUAAUAGACACAUCUCUGGGCACUGUGGAAGAAAGUAGGGCUCCAUACAGCUGGAACACUACAGCCGCUGAGCUUUCAGGUACAAGUGAAGCACUGCUUAAUUCUACAAAUGAUUAUAUGGGAGACCUUGAUCCAUUUUCCCCAGCACCAAAAGAGCAAGGGGAUGAAGGGACUUGGAACUCAAACUUGCUGGAUGGUUUUGAUCCUAUUCCACCACAGAAUUAUAGUUCAGACUCUGUAACAUCUGACUUGCUAGCCCCCAUUGAUGGCUGUAGUGGUUCUAAUAUGACAGAGCAAAACCCAAGCUCAGGUCAGGGUUUAGUGGAUAUCGUCAUUGAUUCAGCAGAAAAUAAUCAGAAUCAGAUGUCAGCUGAUGACAACCUUGAUCUUUUCUCUCCCUUGGCUGCAACCAUCGCAGUAGCCAAUGGUCAAUUAGAUGAUUUGGCAACAUUGUCCAGUAUGGGUGACAGUGGCGAAUUGAAUCAGGGUCAACUGGACACCAGUCAGCCCAGUUCCAGAGGAGACACUGGACCUUUGACACCGGUCAAUAGUUUUGUGGAUUCAAAUUUUGACUCUUAUGCCAAGCAGGAGCUUUUACCCACCUUCAACAACUCGGAGGUUGUUGCUAGGAUCCGUGAGAAGAGAUCCAUCAUGGGGGAUACUGUAGAUGAGGAAGGGGUCUCAGAGGAGGCAGAAAGAUAUCCGUUCACACCACAAAACAGUGUGCAGGAUCUCAAUUUUGAUGGAUACGCAAAACAGCACAAUCUUCCAAGCUUCAACAGUUCGGAGAUGGUCUCAAAAAUUUAUAAGAAAAAGAAAGAACUGGAAUUCAGUACUGAUGAAUAUCCAGUCAACAAGAAUGUGGAAUCGGUUUCUGCCUAUCCUUUCACACCACAGAACAGCAUGCAGGACAUGCAGUUUGCACAGUAUGCUCAAGCAAACAAUCUAUCUGAUUGGCAAGCAUCUGAUUUGAUGGGGAGAAUAGAAGAGAAGAGGGCAAGCCUGGGGAAUGUGCUUGAGGAUGGGGAGGAGGAGGAAGAGGGGGAAGAAGGAGCCGUGGGUGAUGAAGAGGACAAUCAUAUCACAGGCAUUAGUACACCAUUGUUUGAGUUGGAGAAAGAUGAUGAUUUUGCCGUUGAUGUCAGUUUAGUAGAUAUUCAAAAGUCCAUUGAACCUAUGCAGGAAGACAUUGAUACCAGCGUGUUAGCUGGAAAAAGUGGUGCUUGUUUUGACCAGACUUCAACUGAUUUGUUUGAAAAAGACGGUGAUGAAGUUGGUCAGCCAUCUUUGGCUGAGGUUGCAGAUGACAUUGCUCAGAAAAAGAAGGGUGCUGCAGAAGAAGAAAGUCAAGAAACCACAAGCCAAAUGGCAAUACAGGAUAGCGAAAAUAAUGUCUAUUUUGGUGAAGACAUCCAAGAUGUUGCCCACAAGUAUGCUCAAGAAAUCAUAAAUAAAGCUCUUGAUGUGUACAGUGUAUCUGUAGAGGACAUGUUAAAGUUUGAAGAAAUGGAAAGUUCAGCAUCACAGUCACCUGACGGUGGACAUACAGAUGAAACCUCCAAAAUACCAAAACCAAAUGAGGACGAACAAAGUCCUGAGGACUCUUCUCUGAAAGAUAUCAUUUUGGCUGCCAUGUUGGAGAAAGACAGUGGUGAGGAGAAUGAAAAAUUUGGUGCUGAGACUCCCGUGGAGACGGAAUACCUGCCGCUUGUGGAUCCUCUCCAUGGGAACCUAGACUUGGUGCCUAAUCCCAAGAAGGAUUUCUCCACAGAUGCUGAAAAGGAUGUUCCGGAGAAUACUAGUUUUAAUCAAAUGACAGAAGAAGAAGAAAAAGAAGAGAUGCAAAGUCAUAAAAAAGAGAAACCACAAGAAAAGGAUGAAGAAAAUGAAGAUGCUGGAGAUGCUGAGGCAGACUCGGAAAGAGUUGUGACAGUGGACAAUCAGGAGGUAAAAGAGUGUGUUCUGGAAUCAGGACAAGGUGACAGUGCAGAGAAAGUGGAUUUUGCUGGCAUUGUUGAAGUGUAUCCCAAAACUAGAAGUUUGUCGGACUCUGGAAAAGAUACAAAUGACACUGUCUCCAACCCUGCAAGUGAAUUGACUAAUGUAGAUAAAGAUGCUAGUGUAAUGACUGAGGAAAAGAGUGACAAGGAUUUGGACACUAAAGGCACAGGAGGUUUAAUGUCACCAGAAGUGGAGGCCAAUGUGACGAGCACACAGGUCAAGUUCACUGCACCUGGAAAAAAGGAUUCUCUGACUGAAAGUAUUGGAAGAGAUAGGACUAGCAGCUCCACUUUCCAGCAAGAGGAACAGAAAAUGUAUGUCAAUCAGCAGAUGGAAAGAGCUAAGAGUGUUCUGGAAAGAGCAGACAUGUUGAUAGCAAAUGUCAAUAAGAAUAUUGAAGAGGUCUUAGAGGCAGAGGGUUUAAGUCCAGAAGAGCUUGAAAGAAAACUUGCAGGACAGUCAAGUUUAGCCCCUGCUUCAUCAGAGGAACGGAUACCUGCAGAUAUUGCCAUGGCAACAGGUCUGUCACCAGAAAACUCAGAUGAAGAAGUUGAAACAGCCAUGCGACCUAACAGUCUAGACACAAGAGGUGGAGCAAUACCUAAGAGGAGAAUCCACGUCAAUGUAGACAUGCUAAGCAAAGACUCCAUGUCCCGUAGCGAGAGUGAGGAUGAUCUGCUGGCAAAUAUUGAUGGAGAGAAGACUCCUGAUGAUCUGAAUACACCAGACUUGCUGGAGGGCAGUGCCCUGGGAGAGAUGGAGUGGGAGAGCGAGAAGCCAGAGCCUAUCCCUGAGUUGACUGCGGAGGAGGAGCUAGAGGAUGACUGGAGUUGGAGGUCUGUCACCAUAGGAGACAAGAAGUACAAAAUUGACAUGAAGGUCAUAGAUCCUUACAAGAAGGUGCUCUCACAUGGGGGUUACUACGGAGAUGGUUUUAAUGCAAUCAUAAUAUUUGCUGCAUGCUUUUUACCAGACAGGAGUAGAAAAGACUACAGCUAUGUGAUGGACAACCUGUUUUUGUACGUUGUCAGUACUUUGGAACUCCUGGUAGCAGAGGAUUACAUGAUAGUGUACUUCCAUGGUGCUACCCCUAAAAAUAGAAUGCCAAGUCUGGGCUGGUUGAAGAGAUGCUAUCAGAUGAUUGAUAGAAGGCUAAGGAAGAACCUGAAGAAACUAUUGCUGGUACACCCAACUUUGUGGUUAAGGACUGUGGUGUUCUUAACUAAACCUUUUAUCAGGUUACUACGGAGAUGGUUUUAA